CUCAUCAAAACUCCCCCCUUUUGAAACUUGUUGGCUGACACGCAAGAGCGUGCGUUCCGUCUGUUUUAGAACUAUUUCGGCCAAGUUUGCAGCAUGUCGCGCAGAACAGAAAAGGAGGAGGUGGACAAGCAGACGCGUAUUGCCAUCGUCAGCGAUGACAAGUGCAAGCCAAAGCGGUGUCGGCAGGAGUGCAAGAAGACCUGCCCCGUGGUGCGCAUGGGCAAGCUCUGCAUUGAGGUGACGCCCACCUCCAAAAUAGCCUCGCUGUCCGAGGAACUGUGCAUCGGUUGCGGUAUCUGUGUCAAGAAAUGUCCAUUUGAGGCCAUCACAAUUAUCAACUUGCCCAGUAACCUGGAAAAGCACACAACGCAUCGGUACAGCAAGAACUCGUUCAAGCUGCAUCGUCUACCCAUUCCGCGUCCCGGUGAAGUGCUUGGUCUAGUUGGACAGAAUGGUAUUGGCAAGUCGACGGCUUUGAAAAUUCUCGCUGGUAAGCAAAAACCCAAUUUGGGAAAGUACGCAAACCCGCCCGACUGGACUGAGAUUCUAAGCUAUUUCCGCGGUUCGGAGCUGCAAAACUACUUCACCAAGAUUCUGGAAGACAACCUGAAAGCGCUGGUUAAGCCGCAGUAUGUGGAUCAGAUUCCCAAAGCGGUUCGUGGCGCUGUCGGUGAUCUGCUGGACAAGAAGGACGAGAGGGACCUGCAGACCAAGAUAUGCGAGAUGUUGGACCUAUCGCAUAUCCGGGAUCGUGAGAUCGCCCAGCUCUCUGGUGGAGAACUUCAGCGUUUUGCCAUUGCCAUGGUUUGCAUACAGAAUGCUGAUAUCUUCAUGUUUGACGAGCCGUCCUCAUAUCUCGAUGUUAAGCAGCGUCUCAACGCUGCCUUGACCAUUCGAUCACUUCUGCACCCCACCAAGUUUAUUAUCGUGGUGGAGCACGAUUUGUCGGUACUGGAUUACUUGUCCGAUUUUAUCUGCUGCCUUUACGGAGUUCCCGGUUGCUAUGGUGUGGUCACUAUGCCCUUCUCCGUACGCGAAGGCAUUAACAUAUUCCUCGAUGGUUUUGUCCCCACUGAAAACAUGCGUUUCCGAACUGAGUCACUGACUUUCAAGGUAUCCGAAUCGGCUACGGAGGAGGAGAUCAAGCGCAUGAACCACUACGUAUAUCCCGCCAUGGUUAAAACCCUCGGCAAAUUCGAGUUGACGGUGGAAAAGGGUCACUUCAGUGACUCUGAGAUCCUCGUGCUUCUCGGCGAGAACGGUACGGGCAAGACAACGUUUAUCCGCAUGUUGGCCGGCAACCUGCAGCCCGAUGGCGAGGUGGAACUUCCCAUGCUCAAUAUUUCGUACAAGCCGCAAAAGAUUUCCCCGAAAUUCCAGAACCAUGUGCGCCAUUUGCUGCACGACAAAAUACGCGAUGCUUACGUGCAUCCGCAGUUCAUUGCUGAUGUUAUGAAGCCAAUGAAGAUCGAGGAGAUCAUGGACCAGGAGGUGCAGAACCUCUCUGGUGGUGAGUUGCAGCGAGUUGCCUUGGUUCUGUGCCUGGGCAAACCAGCGGAUGUCUACCUCAUCGACGAACCCUCUGCUUACUUGGAUUCGGAGCAGCGUCUGGUUGCCGCCAAGGUUAUCAAACGAUACAUUUUGCACGCAAAGAAAACUGGAUUUGUGGUAGAGCACGAUUUCAUCAUGGCCACCUACCUCGCCGAUCGUGUCAUUGUUAUCGAGGGUCAGCCUUCAGUAAAGACGACGGCUUUCUCGCCGCAGUCUUUGCUAAAUGGCAUGAACCGCUUCCUCGAACUCCUCGGCAUCACCUUCCGUCGCGAUCCCAACAACUUCAGGCCCCGCAUCAACAAAAACAACUCGGUCAAGGAUACGGAACAGAAACGUUCUGGCCAGUUCUUCUUCUUGGAGGACGAAGCUUGUAACUAAAUCAAGAUUUCCUUUUGUUCUCUCCAGCUCUCCUUCGUUCAUUUUGCAUUCUUUGGUCGAAAACACACACAUUUGCUUUCAGUUUAUUUUGUUAUUGUUGUCGAAGAUUACGUACAAUCAAAAAAUGGGGAUAAAUUGUACUUGAUUAAAGUGAGUUUUAUAUACGUUUUUACAGCGAAAUAAAUAGUAAACCCAAACAACAGAA